AUGUUGGAGGUGCAGACAACGGAGCCCGGCCCCAGCACGAUGGCCAAGGGUCUGUCGGCCAAGAAGUUCACCAAACUGGAAGUGAGUCCACGGAGACGAUCCCAUGAUGUCGCAAGUGCCUACAUUACUCGGCCCCAGUCCAAGUCUCAUCGAAGGGUAAUUAAGUUUUCAUCAUAAUGACAGCUUUACUUUAUCAUUUGUAUGUCAUCGUUUCGGUUCGAAAAUAAGUUUUUAGUACAAUUAGAGUUGUGUUAGUACUAAUUAGGAGGAACGUAAACUCAAAAAUGAAAAAGCUGACAAAACAUAGGGAAAAACACGAUUCUACUGACUUUUCGACCAAAAAAGCAUUUUUUAAUGCAAAAAAGAUGUACGGCCAAAUUGAAUUUCAUGCCAGCUUUGUUUACAGCGUAAUAAUAUUGUUUACUGUGCAACGAUGCAUUUACAGGGUACGAUGCACGCGGUUCAAGCCUCCAAAAACAGCUUCAACAGUAUCAGUUUCGGCUACGCGGCGAGUAUCCAAGCCGUUCGAGUAGAAACCCACGCCAGCGUGUCAGUAUCAGAUGAGGAAGGCUCGUCGUACAACGACGACCAACCCUCCACUUCAGUUACAGAAUCCGAUCAGACGUACCGUGAAGGCGAGUUCUUUGCUCGCAUGCCGAACAAGGUGAUCGUGCCAUUGUCGUGCGAAUGUCUAAGCGGCCGAGAAGCCGAUGUGUUUCUGGAGGCAUUGGGCGACAAGAACCGGGACAAGAUCCAGAAGUAUCUGGAGAAAGAGGAGCCAGACAUCGGCGAGUAUCACAUCUGGAUCCGGAACGACGACACUUCACAAGUCAGUUUGUUUACUAUUAAUAUGCGGGAGAUGCAUUACUCCGUAAUAGGAUGAUAGAUUAGACAGGAAAGAUAGUAUUAGGAUGUUAUUUUGUAAUGUAGAAUGUCACGUAGUAGUGAGAUGAUAUGUUGUGAAACAGACACAGUAAUAUUGAGUUGUAGAGACAAUAAUAUAAUGUUAUAGUAAGGUUAAGUGAACUGUUUUUAUUAUAUUAUAUGAAAACUAAUUGACACCAAGUUAAUGCUAUGUUGUGCAGAAGAUAUCCCAGUAAUACGAUGACACUUUACUGAGUAGCAAACUGUUUUUGCGUAGUGAUAAUUGAACUUGGAAAGCCAAGGAGCAGGGAUAAAAUUUAAUUCCUUUUAAAGUAACUCGAGGCAGUAAAAAUAGUAAAAUGAUUACCUAAAUGUCAUUAACUGUUCUUUGUGUAAUCGUAUUUCGCAAAUUGUUUUAUCUUCUGAUUUCUGAAGGCAUAAUGCCAUUGUAUUCAAAUUAGCAAAGAGUACAACCAACAUAUGCAAUUACAAAACUGAAACCAAUGACAAUAGAGGGAUGCAAUAACAGUAUGUAGUGAUUUUGUCUCCUUUUGUAUAUUUGGCUUUGUUACACUUUUUGUAAAGGUAACUGUUACAUAGUUGAGAUGAAAAGCCAAACUUCUUUUUGAAUUCUGAUAUUAUUUCUUAAAGUUUUUACUACUACUGCUUAAAUAAGACCUUUCGAAACAUUUAAAUGCCACGAGACGAUAAUUGUGAUGUUGUUAUAGUGCAUAUUUAAGCAACUGUUUACAUUAUUUUUGAAUUGAAAACAAUCCCAGACGGAAAAUUAUAAUUACUUUGUCCUUUCAUAUACCCAACACAUAGGAAGAAAUUAGGCCAUAUAUCACCUGACUAACUCACACACAUACUACAAUAUACUUAAAAAUAUCUCAUACACAGACAAAAAAUUAAUUUGUAGUAAUGAUUACUGUACUGCAAGGCACAACUUAACCAAAAAAUAUUAAUAUUAUCAAAAAACUUAUGUACGGUACUGUGUUAUACUAUAGCAAACUAAAAUGCCACUAGCUACAUACAAUAACAUGUCUCAUCCAUGUGUCCAUUACAGGUAACCGUGGUCAGCAUCAAAGCCCUCGAGAACCACUUCAGAAGCGAGAGAGUGAAGCGUGUCAAAUGGCGGCACAUGUCCUUGGACAAGGCCAGUAUCUACAGGUACUCGGUGCCAGUCAUCACGACCAAGUUCCGGCUCCGUAUAGUACACUUUCUCUCGCGCAACUACAGGUGCUGUAUCCUGUGUGUGUGGUGCUUCGUCAUCUUCUUCAUCAGUAUCGGCAUCGUACUGACAGUAAUAGUGGGCUCUACCCCCAUCGCUCGUCCUUACAAUGAGUCCGUCCCUUACAGUACUACUCAUCGGCCCCAUCUCAACGAGAAUCGACUACUAAACGCAGCCAAGAACGGCGGAAUGCCAGCUCACGGCUGA